UGGGGACCCAUCCACCGCCCAUGAGCAAGCAGUCUUACCGAAACCAAACCCAUCUCCUGAUCUAUUUUGUCAAUCUAACCCUAACCCAACACUAUCCCCUAGAAGAAGAUCAGAACCCCAAACUUAUCCUUUUCCUCUUCAUCUCUCCCAAAACUCUCAACAAGACCACCAGGAGAAACUAAAGCCACACGUACAAAAGCUCCCCUAAAAGAUGAUUAAGGAAGUGAGGGUUUUGAGAUAAGAAUAGAAGGUAGAAAUUAAAGUACUUAAUAACUAAUGGAUCCAGUUUCAGCACAUGGCCAUUCUCUUCCCCCUCCUUUCCACACAAGAGAUCUUCAUGUACACCACCAUCAACAACAACAAUUUCAUCACCAACAACAACAAAAUUCAGAAGAUGAGCAAAGCGGAAGCAGUGGCCUAAACCGGCCCCAGAAACGAGAUCGUGAUGAAAACAACAGCAGCAGCAACAACAACAUCAAUACCAGCGAAGGCAACGAACUCGUCAUGGCCCCUGGAGAAGGAGAGAUCACAAGGAGACCCCGUGGAAGGCCAUCCGGAUCCAAGAACAAGCCCAAGCCACCGAUCAUCAUCACACGCGACAGCGCCAAUGCUCUACGCACCCAUGUAAUGGAAAUCGGUGAUGGGUGUGAUAUUGUUGAGAGUGUCGCUACCUUUGCAAGGAGACGCCAGAGAGGGGUCUGCAUAAUGAGUGGGACCGGCACAGUGACUAAUGUGACACUGAGGCAGCCGGCCUCACCCGGUGCAAUCGUGACUUUACACGGUCGGUUCGAGAUCUUAUCUCUAGCCGGGUCGUUCUUACCACCACCAGCACCACCUGCUGCGACAGGAUUGACUAUAUAUUUAGCAGGAGGACAAGGCCAGGUGGUGGGGGGUAGUGUUGUUGGGACGCUAAUUGCAUCUGGACCGGUUGUAGUCAUGGCGGCCUCCUUUAGUAACGCUGCAUAUGAAAGGCUUCCUCUAGAAGAGGAGGAAACUCAGGUGCCAAUGCAAGAUGGUACAAUUGGGUCCCCAGGUGCGGUUGGUCAGCAACAGCAGCAGCAGCAGCUUUUGGGAGACGCAAAUGCGCCUCUCUUUCAUGGCUUACAGCCUAAUCUUCUCAACUCCAUUCAAUUGCCAGCUGAGGCAUACUGGGCAACUGGUCGCCCUCCAUACUGAAGUGUCAUUGAAGGCCCUACCAGGUUUUUCAUUCAGCUUUACCAAGAUAUCACCUGCAACGUCGUAGCUAGGAAUGUUUGGUUGUCGAGCAUUGCAGGUCUUUAUUGUUUCUUCUGUUUAGUUUUUGUCUCGCAAUUGAUGAAUAGAUUAUGUGUUUACAUGAAUGAUCAAGGACUGUAAACUCAUGAAUUCCUGGA